AUGUCAAUGAGUGGUGAAAUAAAUCCACGAUUUGCAUCAGAGGAUGUUCGGGAUGAACCAUCACGAAUGCUUAGACCUAUAUCAGGAUAUGAAAAACAGCCACUAGUUUCACUUGAAGAUGCUGUUAAACCUUUGUAUCAUAUUGUUGAUGAUUUACCGCGCAGUGUUUGGAUAGCAAAAGAAAGUUGUGAACAUCCUUGUGAUGGUCUUACCUCAAACGAAUCAGCCGCUAUUUAUCUAUAUACAAUGGAAUGGGAUAUUGGCGAAGCAAGUCUCUAUGCUUACCUAAAUCGUGCAUUACGUGAAGCGGAUCGACGAAAACUCGUACCAUGGUUUCCAUAUUUGAAGCUGUUAUUGACAGCUUUGUAUAAAUUACCAAGUGUACAAGACACUGUUUGGCGAGGUGUCAGAGAGGAUUUAAGUUUGGAAUACCAGCCUGGGAAGAAGAAGGCAUGGUGGGCUCUUAGUUCAUGUACUGCCACAGUUAAUGUCUUAGAAUUACCAAUGUAUGUUGGUACAGAAGGUAAACGAACAAUAUUUUCCAUCCAAUGCUUAAAUGGUAAAAUGAUUCGACAACAUUCUUAUUUCCAAAAAGAGGAUGAAAUACUACUAUUACCCGGCACAUAUUUAGAAGUUGUUAGUCAAAUGAGUCCUGCUACAGAUUGUCAUAUUAUCCAUUUAAAAGAAAAACUACCGCUGCAUCUGUUACUCGAACCACCAUUCAGCAGCAGCAGUAGUGACGCCUCUGCAUCAGCAACUGUAAGUGUUGUUGCACCCAACUUUAUUCAGUCAUUUAAAUUACUUGGAGCACAUGGUAUGGAUGGAACGGGUGUUAGUGAUGAAGAAAAUGAGAAUGAUUGUUUUGAACAUGCAAGUGAUACAUCAACUGAUCAGAGUGUCGUAAAGACCCAGUGUUUUAUCUGGCUUGAUGAGAAUGUUAAUAAGGAUCAAGUUAAUCUCGACUUACAAAUAAAACUCCGAAAAUUCAUUAGUUUAUUUGAAGUGUUUGACGUACUCACCGAAUGUGAAAGGUACAUCCAACAUACGAAAACUAAACAGAUUGUUCUGAUUGUUGGUGGCGAAUUUGGCCAUGAGCUAGUACCGCGAAUACAUGAUUUAUCUCAGUUACUUGCUGUUUAUGUUUACUGUAUGGAUAAAUUAGAAAACGUAAACUGGGCUAAUAAGUAUAAGAAGGUAGGAAACGUUAUUGAUAAAUAUCAGAACUGUGAGAUGGUGCUUACGUAAACUUAAAAUAGGAAUGCCGAGGAUUUCGAAGUUGUUCUCAGCAGAACUUGUAUGCUUUCUUCUAAUUAAAUAGGUCAAAGCGGUCGUUGUACAAUCAAAUGAGUUGAUCACAAAAUUAAAGUCAGAAUUACACUUAACCUCUAGUAAGUUAAUGUGUAGCCUGAAAUGGCAGUGCACCUGAGCCAAUCUUAUACAUUUCCUCGUACAAAAAUUGAGAACGAAUCAGCAUAAAUGUAGGAGAUCACGCAAAAAGUGUUCGCUAAAAUACGCAAAACGUCUUUGACCAGCAGCGCAUUGUGAAGAAUAAUCUGGAAAGUUCCUUGUAGUCUUCGCGUGAGAGAAAUAAACGCACGAGUGUCUGUCUUCAACCUCCAUUUGUUCCUUGUUCAGGUUCUUCAAAACCAUUGGUGAAGCUACAAGCAGCGGUAUCCCAAUUUCAAAAAUCAAAUUUAUCACAAACUUAUCAUACUAAGUUUAGACAAUCCAAGAAAGAAAACGAAAUUAUAGAAAAAAUAAGAUCUAAUUCCACAACAAAUCUUCAUACGUACGACAACAAUAUAUCAUCUGAAGAAGCAGAAGCAAUUGCAGAAGUUUUAAAAACAAACAAAUCAUUAACAACUCUGAAUAUAUGGAACAACAAUAUAUCAGAUAAAGGGGCAAAAGCAAUUGCAGAAGCCUUGAAAAAGAACAAAAGAUAUAAUAUGAAGCGGGAAUGUAUCGCAUGGGCGAAGAAAAAAUUGAUUUAAAGAGAAGAUCGUUUACCGCCUUUGAUGUAUAGAAGAAGAAAACAAAAUUUUCUGCCUUUAGUAUGGAAAAAAAUUCGAAAUAUAGUCGAGUUGUAUAUCAUUCGAUGGAGUUUUGUGCGUUGAUUCUAACUAUUACCGUAAUCUGUUUUAGAAAUGCUCUCGGGCUAACGUUAGAAAAAUGGACUUUACAGGAAAAGAUAAGAGGUUGAAGGAAAUGUGCUAUAUGUUCCAGGAACAUUUGUACUAUCUCUCGAUGUGUAGUACAGUGGUGAACAGACUUACAAAAUUUGAGUGUGCCUGAGACUUGGAAACCUUAUUCCACCUAUCAUACCUCUUGGAUAAAUUUUGGUUGUGGUUUUCUAUGAUCUUUAGCACUUGAAACAUUUUUUGUCUUCAACACAUGAUGUAAAGUAAAUGAAUAUGCUGGAUGUAUGCGGGUAUAUGUAUAUUAAAAUAUAUUCUUGAGAAAUAUACUCUUGAGAAAGCGAUAAUUUGUCUGGAACACUCAAUAUAUCCUUCAACAACAUAUCAUCUGAAGGAGCACAAGUAAUUGCGCGAGCCGCGCAGGUCCACGGUACUUGCACUGCUUAUGAUGAGGGUGAGGAGGAAAAGUCAAAACUCUUCAGUUGUUUGUUUGCGAUUCCCUUUAUUCGAUUUUAUGGUUUUGUGAGCCCCUUUGUCAAAUCAUCUAAAUAAGAUUUGCGCAAUUAAGGACCACGCCAGGUAAAUACCGAAAUCUGCCGGUCAAAAUUUCCAACUUUUGACAUCAGAUCCUUGUAGUUCGAAUGCUCGGGAACAUUUUGCAGUAUUUGGGUUUCAAAUUCGAAUCGAUCUUCCCAGAGAUAUAAGAGGAUUUUCCUACGGCACCUUGAAAAGUGGCGGUUUUGGAGUUUUUAAGAUGGAUCUCGUGAACCAAGAGUCAGCCAGAAUUCUGACGUCAGAUCCGGAUCCCCAUCAUCGAUUCUCUAUUUCGAACUGUCUUCAUCAGUACCAAAGUCUACUUGGUACGGAACUUCGAAUAAGGAAAGUGCAAAAAGCAUGUACGCGGUAUCAGAGCUGGAACCGGUUGAGAAAAGGUAAAUCGAUCCGGUCUGGUCAGUAAACUGACCAGUUAGAAUUAUAACUUAAACCGAUGAAAAACCGGUAAAGGUCCGGCGAAAACCUAGCGAAGUUUUUUGAAAAUCGAUUUUCAAAAAGAAUUUCACCGAGAAAUGGAAUAGUUUGCGAGCACGUGUGAGAGAAUCUUCAGAAUAACGAGUCUGUAUCAUUUAACUUUAAAAUAAAUGAUGAAAAUAAUAUGUCCUGAGCAUCGUCUUAUUUAUUCUGAAUAAAAAAGACGUGAAAUUUUAGUUUUUUGACGAAAAACAGGGUAAAAAGAGCAGAUGUUUCAAAAAUUUCAACCGAUGAAAUAUCGGUCUCUACUGAACCGGUUCCAGCUCUGUGCUGUACGUACUUGGGAAACCUUGAGAUCUUCCUUUCUCAACAAUGAAAAAUAAUACAUCUGCCAAACUUUCAGAAAAAAUUGCUCCAACAGCUAGCUAAAUUUUAACUAUUAUUCGAAAAAACUAUUUUUUCUCCGAAUGAGUACUUGAUUCAAAAUACUCCAAACGUGACUAUAGUCGAAGAAAUAUAAAACCUACCACUAUUGAUAAAAGUUGCAGCAGUUAUAUACUAUUCAGCAUAUAAAUGCUUGACGGCAUACUUCUUAAAAAGACUCAUAUAUUUCAAUUCGAAGCACGUUAUUUUCUGUAUCUUUCUACAUACAAACUAUGCCUAGUCUCUGUCUGUAGAAGAAACUAUAAUCAUUUUUAUGUGCCACUAUAGGAAAAAAAAUCGAGAUACUUGACCAAUAUUUGUUCAGUAUAUUUACGAAAGCAUACUUUUAAAAUAAUGCGUCGUUAUAGCUCAUUGCAUAGCCCGUGAAAUUGUCUAUCCAACGGUAUAUAAAGUAGAGUGUACCGGCUUGUUCACAUGCUACCCGGUAAUUCGAAUCUUAAACUACCUAUCCAGGUCGAAUUCACCCGAUCGGAUCCUGUCAGAUCCCUUUAAUUCUGGUAAUUUUCGGAGAUCAGAAUUUACUGAAUUCCUUCGCGUUCCGAUGUUUGGUUCCUGAAGGAUCCGAAGAUCGAAACCGAUCGAAUCCGUUAAUUUCCGGUGAUAGAAAAUUCACGGAUUCUAUGAUGUGCACUUUAUUUUUUUUGUCUUUCUUUUCUAUGCGUUUAAUGUAUUCACCGUUUUAUUUCAUGUCAGGAGCACUUUAAAUACGAACCUAUAGAAAAUGAAAAAUAGAGAAGUUGUUCUUCUCAAUUCUUAACGGUGUGAGUCAUCGCUCAAACUGUACAACGGACGUGUUGUACAUGUCCUAGCUAGUUGGACUUUCCACUCUCUCGAAUGAACAAAGAGAAGAACGAUUACAAAAAGAAAAGAUGUUUAGCCUCAAAACACCUGAAAACUGAUCACAUUCUGCCAAAUCGAGCGAAAUCCGAUGUCUGAAAGUCGAAGGAUCUGGUCAAAUCUUUUCCGGCAUGGUACAGAAUUCCGCACUCCU